AUGAACAAGCAGGCCCGAGAGCUGAGCAAGGUGAGUGAAGCCAAAGUGACAGAGCUGACUAGUCCAAUGAGCCAAGUCUUAUCUGCUGAUGUAGCCGACAAACUUUUCUUCAUCUCGUUCGCUCAGAGUUUUUGCGAUAAGACAAGCGACGCCAUGACGAUACAACGCCUAGUCGCAGACUCGCACUCGCCCGCGCGGUGGCGCAUUAACGGAGCUGCAAGGAAUUCGCGCGACUUUGCACGCGUGUUCUCGUGUCCCACUAGCUCGCCCAUGAACCCGAAGACAAAGUGUCAGCUAUGGUAG